AUGGAAAGACAAGUGGAGGAUUUGGUGGAAGCCACAAGACAAGGAGAAAUCGGCAACCAAGACUCGAUCAUCAGAAGCAUGUUAGAAGACCGGACUGCAGAUGGAAAGCAUGUUCGCUACGGAGCUUUGUAUGGGCAUGUGGUGAAUUUGAUGAUUGCAGGACACGAGACUACUGCGGCCACCUUGGGUUUUACCCUUCAGCUUUUGGCUGAGAACCCGGAGUACGAAGCUCGAGCAUUGGAAGAGGUGCGGCAAGUGCUGAACGGCCGCGCAGAGCCCUCAGUGGAUGAUGUGCCAAAGCUCCAGUUCGUGGAGCAAUGCUUCCGUGAAGCCCUGCGACUCUAUAGCCCGGUCACGAGCCUCACUCGCGACGUGGCCUACGACACGCUUUUGGGAGGCCAUCGAGCCUUCCAGGGUGAAAGGAUCGUGGUGGUGACCCGCGCGCUGCACACUAAUCCUGAGUACUGGGGUGGUGAAUUUGGAGAUCCGUUGCGCUUCAAUCCGGACCGCUUCUCUCCUGAGGCGGUACAGAAUCGACAUCCAAACGCCUACCACCCCUGGGGCUUCUCCACCCGUGCCUGCAUCGGAAGUCAGUUUGCUCUCUUUGAAGCAAAGACCUUCUUGGCGUCAAUGUUGAUCCACUUCCGCUUGCAAGGCAUCCCAGGGUACAAGCUCGUGGCCUCCACUGAAGCUGGUGGUGCAGCCCCAUCGCCUGAUAACCUAGCCUUUCAGGUUUUCCCCAGGCCCGGCGGGCCGCUGUGGUCUGACAAGGGUCUCAUGCAGCCACUGCCAGCAUUCUCAGCACCGGAGGUUGUCAAAGCAGCUCAGCCAGCAGAGAAGUCAGAGAUGAAUGGUGCUACGCGCGCGAAGACAGGGCCAGUGAUGAAGGUACUUUAUGGUUCCAACUCUGGUUCCAGUCAAGACUUUGCCAGCCAAGUCGAAGCUGCGGCAGGUCGAAGCGGCUUCCAGUCUUCGCUUCACUCGAUGAAUCAGGGUGUCUCCGAAGAGCUUUUGGUGCCAGAUGGACGCUUGGUCAUCAUUGUCACCUCUACGUACAACGGCAUGCCGCCUGACAAUGCGGGUAAGUUCAAGAAGUGGCUUCAGACUCAGAAACCCGACUCCUUGCAAGGGCUGAAAUAUGCAGUCUUUGGAGUGGGAAACUCCCAAUGGCAUACAUACCAGCAGUUCCCACGUGAGGUCGACGCUGCCUUGAACAGUCUCGGCGGCGCCCGUCUUUGUGAUUUGGGCGCGUGCGAUGUAGAUGGAGCAUCCUUUACCUCUGAUUUUGAGGAUUGGUUGUCCAAUUUGUUGCAAACCAUCGGCGCUGCAGAGAGCACAGACCACGACGAGGGCCUUACUGGAAUUGACGAGUUUGUGGUGGCAACGCAUGCGGAUGGUGUGAAGAUAAUGAAGGAACCAGGCAUUGUUCUUGCAGCCAUCAAAGAGGGUAAGGAGGCUGCAGCCAAGGCACUUGGCUUGACUGAGCCUGUUGAUACCCAUCUGAAAGCCUUAGAGAUUGUUGAGUCGCCCAGAGAGCUUUGCCAAAAGCCUCAAGACCGAAGUGUGCGCCACGUGACCCUGCGACUCCCCACAGGCUCAAAGUAUCGCGCUGGUGAUCAUCUAGAGAUGCUGCCACCCAAUGACCCAGCCUUGAUCUCGAUGACCAUGGAGGCAUUGAACUUCGACAAGGACGCUGUGGUUUGCUGGGACCCAGCAAAGCGCCAGAAGAAGUUCCGCAACUUGGUGCUGGAAGAGACAGUCUGGGCCAAGAUGCCAGCAAUGUACAUCACAGUCUCCGUGGUGAUGCAGUGGUUCCCAGAUUUGGCCAGCACACCAGAUCGAAAGAUCUGUGGGUUGCUCGCCGAAAGAGUCACUUCAGCGGAGGCCAAAGAGGAGCUCCAGUCUUUGGCCAAGGACGCAGAGAAGUACAAGGCCAAGGUCUCUUCUUUGAACUUGUCAUUGGCCGAGCUGUUGUACAAGUUCAAGGGCCAGUUUAACUGCAGCCUGGGCGAGUUUGUAGCCAUCGCCAAGUCCCUUGCCAUUCGUCGCUACAGCGUGUCUUCCUCCCCAUCAGCUCCUGGCGCCGAUCCAAACGUGGUCACGAUCACUGUUGGACAAGUGAAGUUCACCACUGGCACUGGAAGGGUCCACCACGGCUUGGCCUCCACCUGCCUUGGUCAGCUACCGGUCGGAGGUUGCAUCCCAGGAAAUGUGCGCACUUUGCAGUCAGACUUUCACCUGCCGGAGGACAAGUCGGCACCGAUCAUCAUGGUUGGUCCUGGAACCGGAUUGGCGCCAAUGAUGGGUUUCUUGCAGGAACGUGAAGCGUUGUUGAAGAAGAAGGAGAAGCUGGGAGAGGCGAUUCUCUUCUUUGGCUGCCGUGCUCGUGACGCAGACUACCUCUAUGAGAAAGAGCUGGAAGCACACUUGAAAUCUGGAGCCCUUUCCACCCUGCACGUGGCCUUCAGUCGGGAAGCCGGUCAAAAGGUCUACGUGCAAGACAAGAUUUGGGAGCAACGCGCGGAGGUUUGGCGUGUUUUGUCAAACCCCAAAUCGAUGGUCUUCAUUUGUGGAGAUGCUCGUGCCAUGGCACCAGAUGUGAAGCGAAGCUUCCAGCGUGUCAUUGAGAGUUGUGGCGGAAGAAGUACCUCAACGGCUGCAAAUUUGCUGGCUAGCAUGGUUGAGGCAAGCCGCUAUUUGGAAGAUGUUUGGGCGUAG